AUGGCGCGCUCCAGUGACGGCGGGAAAACAGCGCGCGCGGUAACCGCUUGCGCGCGCGCGAAAAGGCGGCGGCUCGCGCGUCAUUUUUGCCGCGCCGCUUCCCGCGCGUCUAUAAAAGCGCAGCGCUCUGCGCUCCCUCGGGCCUAUAAUAGGGGUAUAUCUGCAACAUCAGCAGCACAAGAGGAAGAUGAUGAUGGGGUGCUGCUCUUCCAAGCUCAUCUGUGUGACACACUCCUGGAAUUGGACAUCUCCCACUGCCCAGAGCUGCUCCUGAUGGACCUGCCAACUCUGGUUACUGGAGAAGGAUGGCUCCCAGCCUUGCAAUCCCUCCAGAGAUUAAGAAUAGGAUUAUCCCCAAUGUUUAUGUCCGCCUUGUCGUUCUCCCAUCACAUUUUCCCUUCCUCCCUGCAAUUUGUGGAGCUUAUUGGUGUGGAGGGCAUGGGUACACUGGAUCCCCUCUCGAACCUCUCUUCUCUUGUCACACUAGAACUGGGGUGUUGCGGACAGGAUCUGAAAUGUCAGGGCUUGCGGUCUCUCCUUACCACCGGAAGUAAGCUCAACGCAUUAAGAGUCUUUGGCAGCCCUAGAAUCUUUGCUGGUUGGGAUCCCCAUCCCAGAUUGACACUGGAGGACGUUGAAGGAGAAGAAGAACAGCAGCCUCUGCGGGUGCUCCGGACGGAUGCUGUCAUGGGACUCCUUGCUGCACCCAUCUUUAGCUUCAUCUCUUCCUCCCUCACCGAGCUGGUACUUAAUGGCUAUGGGUCUCAAGGGAUGCAACGCUUCAGCAAGGAUCAAGAGGAAGCCCUUCAGCUCCUCUACUCCCUCCAGGAACUUGAGUUUUGGCGUUUCCACAAGCUUCAACAACUCCCUGCAGGGCCGCGCAACCUUACCAGCCUCAAGAUAUUAUCAAUCUACGACUGUCCAGCCAUCUUGGCGUUGCCCAACAAUGGACUUCCCAAAUCACUGCAGGAGCUAGGUGUCUACUACGAUUGCAGCAAGGAGCUAAACCAGCAGUGCAGGGGGUUGUGGGGAACCAUCCCCAGAAUCAGAAUAGGCUGA